AUGGCCAGUACCUCGACCGAAAGCAAGACUUUGAGACCGCCAGGAAACUAUCUCGCCAUUGAUGGCGGCAUCAGCACGCUCUCUUCGCUCAUCAUCCUCGAAGAAAUGUUUGAGCGGUUGAAGUUCGACCUUAACAGCUCAGAAGAUCUUCGGCCAGCCCGAUUUCUAGACGCUAUCAUCGGUACAGGUACCGGGGGAAUCGCGGCUAUACUCUUAGGAAAGUUGGGCAUGACCGCUACAGAGGCUAUCGAUGCCUACAGCACGCUAGAGGGCGCAAUGGCGAGGACCAAGGCAACUAAUGACAGCGAAAGAGCCUCGAACACUGCACGGUUCAGAGAAGCAUUUGUGUCGAUCCUUCGUGCCCACAAAAUGGAAAACUUGUUCAUGCAUGACGAAAAGCCAAAUACAGCGACGUGUAAGACAAUUGUUUGCGCCAUGAACAAAGCCAAUAUGGCUGGCUGUCAUCUGAUCAGAUCUCAACCAGUUAUCAGUCUAGGGGAUGACCUCCCAAAAUGUAGCAUCCUUGAUGCUGCUUGUGCCAGUAUCAAUGAUCCGGAGAUGUAUGAUCCAGUUCUCCUUGGGGCAGGCCACAGCUCUGUAACAUUGAUCAAUGCUAUGAUGGGUUAUGCCAAUCCCAUCAAGGAGCUGAUGAGAGAAACUCAGACUGCCCCAUUUGGCGGAGAAUUCGCAAAUCUCGACGGGAAGCACGGACCGCUAGAGGCCAGUAGACUCAGCGAUGCCAUACGGAACAUCGCUGCAGGCGCCGAGCGUACACACCAAGAAAUGCAAGGACGCUUACGCGUGGAGGGCAUCUACUUCCGCUUUAACGUUGACCAAGGCAUUCAGCCUGAUGACGAUAUCAGCACCGUGAACGGCAAAACACGAGCAUAUGUGGAGAUACCCGACGUUAAUAGCGCGAUCGAUAACUCCUUGACCUCCCUGCGACAUCGAGAGGAGCGGCUGUCUGCGAAACAGAUCAAUACAAUCAAGGUGGUUGAAGUAGGCUUUAAGCCGCGACCGGCGCUGGUCCCAAACUUCAUCGGCCGCGAGGACAUCCUUCAAGGACUGCGCAGGACGCACAUCUCUCCGCAUACUCCAAUGUCUCCAGGUACACCGACCCUCAGCGUAUUAUAUGGUCUUGGUGGAAGCGGAAAAACUUCGAUAGCGCUCCGAUUCUGUUUGGAUUUUGAGCAAGCGAACCCUGAGGCCCGCGUAUACUUCCUCGACGCCCGUUCGGAGUCCAAGCUCACUGCAGACUUGGAAGCCAUCGCUCGCUCGUGCGGGUCGAAGUUCAAAGGGAAAGGAUGGAGGAAUGCCCUUGAAUACUUUGCCGGCCUACCACAAUUCCUGAUUAUCAUGGACAACGCCGACGAUACGACACUUCGUAUCUCUCAGUUUUUCCCACAAUGCAGCCACGGCCACAUCAUCAUCACCAGUCGUAAUGCGACAUAUUCCCAGCUCGCCCGUACAAGCAACUGGGAAGUUCGAGACUUAUCUCCGGAACAAGCCAGGGAUCUGUUGCUGACAGACGCCGAUUAUGAAAAGACGGAGACCAAUGUCGAAGACGCCAGUAAAAUUGUCGAGGCUCUUGGAUGCCUGCCGUUGGGUGUAGCGCAUGCGGCAGCCUACAUUCAUACACACCGAUGUCUCUCGACAUAUCUUCAGACCUAUCAACAGAGCUCGAGGCAACUCCUUGCUUAUACUCUGCCGCACGAUUUGAAUGAAUCGGUUGCCACGACCAUCAACAUGUCACUGGAGAAACUCCCUCAGGAAUCCAAGGAUAUCCUACGCAUCCUAUCCUUCUUCUCUGUAUCAUCUAUCGCCCACUCUAUCCUCAUCGACGCCCACGAACACCAGUUUCAACGACGUUCGCAAAGUGGGAAGAAACAUUCCAGCUCUGUUAGAGCGAGUGUGGUUCUAUCCUCUUUGCUCUGUCCCAAUGAAGUAUGGUCGGAGUAUGACAUCAAUGCUCGGCUAUUGCCGUGUAUACAGCACUCACUGCUUCGUACCGUGACAAGCGCAAACAAUACGAAAUUCUAUUCCAUGCACGUUCUAGUGCAGUCAUAUCUCCAAACGGAUACAUCCCCAAUUCACAACAUUUCCCCCGAAUCCCUUGCCAUACGUCUCUUGGAUUCCUCCAUCAAGUUCGGAGAGUGGCAGUCAGUGAUGCAACCUCAACUAUUACCACAUGUCAAACUCGUACCAAAGGGCAAGACGCUCGAUCCUGGCGCACAUGGAGAUUUCGCCAAAGUUCUUCAGCAAGCUGGCGAAUACCAAGCAGCGCUGAUACAAGUACAAAUCGCGGUCAAAGGCUGGGAGAACAAACUCGGUGAAAGACAUGGGCAGACGCUUGCCGCCAUGCAGAACAUGGCGUGCUUGCUCGAUUUCUCGGGCCGUAUCGAAGAGUCGCUUGAGCUGAAUUGGAAAAUUCUAGAGCUCAGGAAACGGCACUCUCCCCAAGAUCACCCGAGUACUCUGCUUUGCAUGAGCGCCAUCUCGCAAGCACUCACAAAUCUCGGAAGACAUGAGGAGGCGGCCAAGAUGGCCGAAGAGGCACUCGAGGCACAGAAAAAGGUCUUGGGAUUAACCCAUGCCGAGACUCUGAUGACCAUGACCCGUUUGGGGUGGACCUACGAUAACCUUGGUCAUCAUACACGAGCUCUGGAUAUCAAGAUGGAAGCGCUGGAGACGAGUAAGCGCAUGUACAGCGAAGAUCACAUUGCGACGCUCAAGGCCAUGGGAGGCGUCGGCAUUUCCCUUUGCAAGCUUGGUCGCUUUGAGGACGCGUACAAGUUGCAAAAACGGAUCGUCGACCUGCGGGAGAGGAAGCUCGAAUCGAUCACCCCGAUACGAUUUCGUCCAUGA